UAUUCCUACUAAAAAUUGAGGAAAAGAACGCAAAAACCCAUCUAAAACCCCAGUCUUCCCUCCUCUCAAUCCGAACCUAAUUCGACCAACACCACCGCCGCCGCCGCCGCCGCCCGAAACCACUACGACCGCCUCCGUCGCCGGCCUCCGCAUCUGCCGGCUCUGGCUGAUCGUACCGUGUCGAUUUGCGAUAAGCGAAUCGAGAUCUUCAACAAAAAAAGAUGUUGGCGCUCGACACCUCGAAGAAAUUAUCCUUCAAUAAGCUCAUCGCCGAUGGAGAUUUGGCGAUCGUUUACGAGAGACACGAUACGAUGAAGGCCGUCAACGUGUGCGAGGGGUCGGUCUUUCAGAACCGUUUCGGCGUGUUUAAGCAUUCCGAUUGGAUCGGGAAGCCCUUCGGGUCCAAGGUGUACAGCAACAAGAGCGGAUACGUCUACUUGCUGGCUCCGUCUCCGGAGCUGUGGACUCUGGUGUUGAGCCACAGGACUCAAAUACUUUACAUCGCGGACAUCAGCUUCGUGAUCAUGUACUUGGAGAUAGUUCCCGGUUGUCUGGUUCUCGAAUCGGGGACGGGAAGCGGGUCGUUAACGACCUCGCUUGCGAGGGCUGUGGCUCCAACCGGUCAUGUCUAUACAUUUGAUUUUCAUGAACAAAGAGCUGCCUCUGCUAGGGAGGACUUUGAGAGAACAGGAGUGAGCAGCGUGGUCACUGUUGGGGUUAGGGACAUCCAGGGAAAUGGAUUUCCCGAUGAACUUUGUGGCAUGGCUGAUGCUAUGUUCUUGGACCUACCGCAACCUUGGUUGGUCAUAGCAUCGGCUGCAAAAAUGCUAAAACCAGAUGGCACAUUAUGCUCCUUCUCACCCUGUAUUGAACAAGUGCAACGCUCAUGUGAAGCACUCAGGAUGAACUUUACUGACAUACGUACCUUUGAGGUGCUUCUUCGCACAUAUGAAGUCCGGGAGGUUAAGAACGAUAGUAUGCGAGGUCACGGAGGCAGCCCUAGUCAGCAGCCUCCAUGCAAAAGGAGACAGACUAAUGAAGGAAGCAACAAUCAGGAGAGCAUCAGUUCAACUAUCAUGGCAAGGCCUUCUGCUGAAGCCAGAGGCCAUACUGGGUAUUUGACAUUUGCAAGACUCAAAUGUUCCGCAUAAAAGCUGUAGCAAGUCUGAUGAUACUACUAAGAGUUAUCAAUUCUACAUGCGAGUACCAUCUUUGGAGCAGGAUGCGGUUGGUUGGUGGCAUUGUCUGUUCUUGAUUCAGGCAACCUAGAAUUGCUGCCGCCUGAAUGAUAGGAGUCACGAUAUUUGCUUAUAGAAGCUUGUUCAAAGGUGCUCUAUGAAGAAGCUCAGGAGUUGCAUCUCAAAUCAGUGAACUUUUUCCCCAAAGAAAUGUCUCCUUUAUGCUGAUCCUCAUCUGUGGACUACUUUCAUUUCGCAUUCUCAUGUGCAAUAUCUGAGGUUUCACGAAGUUGAAGUUGAAGAACUUCACAGUUGAUGAAAUGAAACCAUUAUUCUUUGAAGGUCUCUUUCGUCCAGUUCAGAUAUGCUAAUGUUAACUGGUCUAGCAAUCUGUUGCAUGAUAUAAUUUUUGCACUCCUUGAGGUGAAAGAUGUUUGUUAACACGUGGACAUGUAUUGCCAAUGACUAGUUUGACAUGAAAUUUUGUCUCCAGGGUCUUCACUCUGUGAAGGCUUAUACCUAAUACCUUUCUUGUGACGGAGAUCAAUUCAAGUCCAUAUAUCCUCCAAGAGGUUUAUCCAA